AUGUUUGUGAGUUUGGCUAAACUACAACAAGUAAAUUGGAUUCGGAUAUUAAAAAGAACAAUUUUAUUUUCAUUUAAAUCGAAAAUAUACAUUUCUCUCAUAUCUGAUUAUGCAAAUGCAGAAGUGUUUUUGGUCGUUUUCGUUUUUUCAAGUAUCGGUAAUUAUAAUAAAAGACAAACGAUUAGAGAAACAUGGCUAUCAGAAUUGUCUACGCAUAAAGAUUUAAAACAUUAUUUUGUUAUAAGUAGUGAAAGUGCGAAAGACGAUGAAAAUUUACUCAUUUCUGUGGAACGAGAAAAACACAAAGACCUAUUAAUUUUUCACAAGUUGAAAGAUUCAUUUUAUCUUCUCACAUCGAAAUUGGUGGCAUCGUUCGGUUGGUUAACUAACUCCACCGUUUUAGGCGAAGAAGGAAAAUCGAAUACUCUCAGGCCAUUUAAUAGAUUUAAGUUUGUUUUAAAAUGUGAUGAUGACACUUUUGUUCGUGUGAGAGAAGUCAUCAACGAACUUAAAACAGUUUAUUCUGGAGACAAAGGUAGAAAUUUAUACUGGGGAUUUUUCGAUGGUAGAGCAAAAGUUAAAAAAGGGGGAAAGUACAAAGAGGAAGAGUGGAACAUUUGUGAUUAUUACAUACCAUAUGCUUUGGGGGGCGGUUAUAUUUUAUCAGAGUCUUUGGUAUCAUUCAUAGCGACAAAUGAGAAAUUUUUAAAAAAAUAUAGAAAUGAAGAUGUGUCUGUCGGUGCUUGGUUAAGUAGUUAUAACAAUUUGAAUAGAGUUCACGAUACAAGGUUCGAUACUGAAUAUAUUUCUCGUGGUUGUCAUCAAUCUUAUUUAGUCACUCAUAAACAUUCUGAGACAGCCAUGAGAAAUUUUCACAAUAAUUUAAAAAAUACUGGUCAUUUGUGUCAAAGAGAAUUUAAAACGAGAAUGUCAUAUAAUUACGAUUGGCAAGCACUUCCGAGUAAAUGUUGCUUACGAGUUAAUUCAAACAUACCAUAA